AUGGCCAGUGUCGUCCGAGUGUCGUGCGUACUCGCGAUCAUUUUACUUCUCACCGCCAAAAUCACGUGCUAUGAGAAAACGCUGCGCAAAAUCGUUCGUAACCAAUCGAAAAUGGUGCAAAGACCGUUCAGUGAGAAUUCUGGGCCAGAAACUAUUUGGAGGAAUAUGAGUUAUCCACACUUCGGGCAUGUCAACCAAGCAUUACUGUUCCCGGGAAUCGCACAAAUGAAAACUGUAUUCCACAAUAUGCAAAGGCCUAAGAUAUCGACCAUCCUGACGUCCCUCGAGACAAAUAAAGGCAAAGCUUCUUACUCAAAAAUGAAGAUAACGAAGCCAGACAAUAUGCCAAAUGAACUUAGACUGACCAGAAAUACUUUGACAGAAACUAACGUGACUGCUCAACCACCCAAAGAAACACGUGAGCUGAGAAAACCAGAAGCACGUAACAUGAGCACCGUGAACAACUUAAAGUUGUCAAUUAAGAACUACUAUCAGAUACCAAAUCCGUCCAGGUUCUUCCCGCCAAUUGAGGAACAUGAUAUACAAAGCGUGGAACAAAAGACAACCAGUAAAGAGAGCACAGUUCUCAUCCCUGACUUUCGCGAAACAACUAAAGAUAAAGAAGAUUUACAAGUAAAAGGUAUUUUAAUACCAAAAACGAAAGCUAAAGAACCAAUAGAAGAUACAGUCGUUCGAAGAGAAAUGAUACACAGUAUCAUUGAAAUUGAUCCUGAUAAUGAAAAGGCUGACUUUCUUAUUGAAGGGCUACCUAUGGACAGUACGAUGUUCAGCUAUAAUUUGACAACAGACCCUUAUACUUGUUCCAUUAUUAGGACUACAUACACUGACAUUGAUGCACAGGAGAAAUUCUCUACGUUAAACAUAGAGCCGUUCUGGAUACCCAGAAGACAUUUCUGGAAUCACAUUUUUGACAGUCGCUACGAAUCUCUAAUGAGAAAUUCGAAAUGGCCCCCACUCAAGGUCAUACUAGUCCCUCGCACGCAUAUUGAUACAAUUUGGAGGCGAACAUUUGAGCAAUAUCAUAAAGACAGCGUAAGUAAGAUCCUGUCGAACAUUGUGAAGAAACUACAAUUCUACAGUAACUUAACAUUUAGCUGGAACGAAGUUUCUCACUUAAGUUAUUGGUGGAGAACGACCACACACAGAAAUCGCGCGGCGUUUAGAAAAUUAUUGAGACAAGGAAGACUUGAAAUAACAACGGGAGGGUGGGUCGAACCUGACGAAGCAACGUCUCAUGUAUUUGGACUCGUGCAUCAACUGAUUGAAGGGCAUCAAUGGCUGAAACAACAUUUAAAUUAUACCCCAAAGGUAGGCUGGCUAACCAACAGUGUGACCCACAGUCCAACUAUGGUAUACCUCCUCGCCUCAUCGAACAUCAAUCAAAUGGUCUUCACAAAUGUUCAUUACGCAUGGGAACAAUAUCUAGCGGAGUAUCAAUACAGCGACUUUGUUUGGCUUCAAAAUUGGGAUGAUGAUAAAUCGUUUCCUUCGAGUCUGAAUGAUGAGUUAGGCAGAAUGGGAAGUGAGCGCUACCCGAAGCAUGCAGUCUUAGCUCACUAUCUGCAAUUCAACUCUGCUGGGUUUAAAGCGUGCGGACCAAAUUCCGCUCUCUGUGUUUCAGAAUAUAAUUUUGCUACAAACCACAAAAACCUUGAUAUAAGUGCAUACAACGUCAAAGAGAAAGCAGAACUGCUUCUAGAACAAUAUUCUAAAACAGGAACUAUUUCACCACACAAUAAUAUAAUAGCACCCCUAGGCGGAGCAUAUCAUUACGAAACGCAAUCAGAAUUUGAUUUUCAGUAUAAUAAUUAUCAGAAAAUAGCUGAUUUUAUUACAGCCAAUAAAGAUAUUUAUAAAGCCACAAUAGAAUUCGGAACAGUGAAGGACUAUUUUGAUAGUGUAAAAGAAAAGUAUAAAAACUUUCAUAGUCUUAAAGGAGACUUUUUAAAUUAUGCUGAUAUCGCUAAUGGAAGCCCCGCGUACUGGACGGGCUUUUACACAUCUAGACCUUUCACUAAAAUUUUACUGAGGCGUCUGCAGGCCACCCUGCGUACUACAGAAAUAUUAUUUUCUUUUGCUUUAAAUUUUAAAGUUUUUCGAGGCACCAACAUUUCCCAGAUAUAUGACGUCCUUAUAAAAGCAAGGGAGACAGUAGCGCGUCUUAUUGAUCGUAAUGCCGGCAGUGGCACAGUAUCAGCUAACGCUUUGAAAUACGUUCACAACCAGAUCCUGGUGACCGUCAAAGACUGCUGGUACAUACAGGAACUGGCGGCAAGCUUCCUCAGUCUCAAGCCUGAUACACACAUCCCUUAUUUACAAAAGUAUGUGUACAGAGACGGUGAGUUCACUUCAGUAUUUAGGUCAGUUGCACCUGGAGAUCAAGUUUAUAUAUUUAACUCCUUAAGUCACGAACGGACGGAAAUUGUGGAACUCAUUACUAGAUAUCCAAAUAUCAGAGUAGUGGAUCACAAUAAAAAAGAUGUAACUGUUCAGAUAAAUCCCGUCUGGAAAUAUACUUCAGACAACUUGAUUAAACUAUCGAGAACGUUUUACAAAAUUAUCUUUGCUGUUAUGGUGCCUCCAAUGACUCUCGAGCUAUUUAAAAUUAAAGAGACGUACGAUGCUUCGCAAAAUGCUGCAACAUUAUAUUGUUUAUCUUGUCAUGUUGACGAUGUCGUGAAUAAUGGUUCGAUAUUUCCGUUUACAAUUCAACCAAUACAAUCAGGAGACAUACAACUUGAAAGUUACAAACAUCGUCUCUUAUUCGACGAAUAUACUGGCUUUAUGAAGACUGUUAUUGAGAAAGAAACAAAUAUUGAGAAGUCUGUAUUUGUUGACUACGGAGCAUUCAGAGAUUCUGAUGUGAACUCGGGGAUGUUUCUAUUCAAUACAAAUCUUAGUAAACCACUGCAAGACGUUCUCACGGGAUACAGACUGGGGGUUAAGAAGAAGAUUAUGUUAAUUGUAUCAGGACUGGUGACGACGGAAUUGACUAGCAUUUACGGUCGACUGUUACAACACACAACCAAAAUUUUCAAUCUUAUAAGAGGCCCAUUGUCAAAUGCUAUUUACAUUGAAAGCAAAGUUGACUACGACGUGUCCCCGAAGAACAGGGAGCUAGAACUAUUUCUUUCCAUUCAGACAGAUAUAGGGAAUGGUAACCCACCACAGAUAUUUACUGAUAACAAUGGUUUCCAAUACACGUCGCGCGUUUUGAAUAUAAGUAGACGCAUUGAAUCUAACAUGUACCCAAUAACAAACAUGGCUUUUAUACAAGAUAGAAAGAACCGGCUAACUUUCAUAACGGAUCAUGCUCAGGGAGUGACUGCUCUGCAGGAAGGCCAGCUGUUGUUCAUGCUGGAUCGACGAGUCCUGUUCAACGACGGCCGAGGAACUCACGAGGGCCUGGCCGACAGUACCAUGACCUGCCACAGGAAUUACAUAUUACUGGAGAAUCUCAUAGACUCAAGCAAGAGCUUCACUCGGUAUCCCCGAACUGAUGAAUUAGUCUUACCCAGUUUAUCAGCGUUGUAUCUCGCCAACUCAUUAGAUUACUUCCUGGACAUAUUUAUUAUUGACAAGAACCACACAAAUCUUUGCUAUUAUACAUUUUUGCCGUUGAUCAAAACCGCAUUUCCAUGCGAUAUUGCUUUGAUCAACUUUAGAGCAAUUUUGCACAGGGGUAGUCCGCGGAAUACUGAUCCGAACGGCGCGCUCAUGAUACUGCAUCGGCAAAGUUUCUCCUGCCAAAUAGAUAAUCCUGCAGACUUACACUGUAGCGGUGAUCCUAAUUUGACGAUAAAGAAGAUUUUACGUAAUACAAAGUCGGUUCAUCAAACAAAUCUGCCGGGCACAGACGAAGGUGUGCCCAUCUACGUGCUUAGUCAUUCCAACUUCGCGCCUAUGGAGUUAACCACGCUUAGGAUACAGUUUUAAAUGUGUUUCAACAUAGCUGUUGAUCUCUUUUGUCUGUUUUUAAAUACACACGAUCAAACACAAGUGUGGAGUACCUGAUAUCAUGUAUCCUGUCCCGUGGGAAAUCGGACUGUUGUUGAAAGAAGAUCUUAUUCUGAGCAACUCACACACGGAAGUAAUGAAGUCGAGAUUCAAUUUCAAUAAUCUGUUGAUCAACACAAAGAAAUGCAUUUCAAGGCGAAAUUAAUCUGUGUGAAAGAUUCAGCUUCCACCCGUGGGAACUUCUUCGUGCACCUGGACAAAGUGGCCAAAAGCAUUUUUGUUAAAGUAGUCCUUCUCGAUAAAUGGGUAUCUGGCACUGACUAAACUUUAAGAGCCAUGUGAAAGUUUUAUAUUGUCCCUUUCAGUGUUUUAUGAAGUCUGUUUCAGUUUUUUUUAUUAAAAUUAUAAUAGUGUG